CGAGAUCCAGAAUCAUGACGGGGGUGGGGGAGCUGGAUGCUGCCGGGACGACAAGGGAACCAGAGGUUCAGGCGGCAGCGAGCACCGUCGGCCACGUCGCCGAGCUACAUGACCCCCCUAUAGUUGCAGCGGCAGACGAGAGCUACAUGUCAGACGAAGAAGUAAUGGAGUCUGACAUUGCAUUCAACCAACGUUUCGCAGCAAAACACUUGCGCGAAGUUGCAAAGACAAAACUUAAUCCUAGCAAGAGGCGCUACAUAAAUGAAAUUGGCUUCGGUGAUCUCACGAGCAUCUCACCUUUCGCAGCGCCACAUGAUCUGAUGGAAUGGUUAACAAUGAACAUUGACACUGACAGUUGUGAGCUCAGGCUGAGUCAGAAUAAGGUCAUUGUGUUUACUCGAGACAUGGUGAAGAAGGUUUUCAAUAUCCCAUCAGGCAACAGACCAGUUGAGCUUUUCAAGAGACAUGAGCAUUGUGAGCUCCACAACAUUUAUCACAAGAAUGGUAGGGCUCCAAUUACGCAUACAGUGGAUGUGCUUCAUCGAGCUAGGAAUGAUGAUGGUGAUACUACAAAGAGGUCAUGGGUGCUCUUAGCGCUUGCAACAGUUUUAACUCCAAGCACUGGCAACAUGGUGCCGCUAGAGUACUUGAAAAGCCUUGAAGAAAUGGACAAGGUUACUGAAUUCGCUUGGGAUGAACACGUUUUAAGUGUUGCAAUGAGAGAGGUCAAGAAGUGCCAGGACAAGAUAAAAUCACAGGCUACUUCUUCAUUCUGGGUUGGGGGCUGCUUCUCUAUGCUCGCGGUUAUUUACAUGGACCAUUUGAUAUUUCCUCAAGCUGCCAUCAACAAGCACCAAUUGAAUUAUUCUCUUCCAAGGGCUUGCUUCGUGCAUCAGAUUGACUUUGAUCUUGUGUUGGACUUUGACAAGAAUAAGCUUUCUUUGGGCAAAGCCUCAUUCAGGGAGUGUCGUUUUCGCUCUCUGUUAGAGACACCAUACGCAGCAUUGCCUGCCCAAGGCCCGGUAGGCAACAACAGCGAAGUUGCUCAAGAUCAGCAGGUUUUAGACAGCCCGGAUUGUGAUGAUACUCAAGAUUGUGGAGCUGGAAAUAUCAACAUUAAUGAUAACCAAGAUGAUGUGGCUGUGAAAGAGAACCCUACGAAAGGUAGCAACCCAACGGAUAAUGGCAAAAGCACCGACGAAGAUGUGUGUGGUUCGCUGGAUGAUUGCCUUCAAAACCCGGCACCAUUUGGGGCAGAGCUUGAGCUCCCAUCACAUAUGGCUGCAAUCUACGACAAGCACACAAAACUAUAUAACGCAAAGUUAAAAGGGUCUCCAAGUUCUUACGGGCAAAUGUUGCAAGCAAUACAUUGCAAGCGAAUGGAGCAGCUUCUCAAAGAUGUUCAUGUUGCUUCGUCAAGUUCUCAGGAAGCAGCGGAUGUUACCUUUGAUGUGUCGCCUCCUCACAGCAAUGUUGUAGGCAAGUCAGAUGGUCAUGGUUGUAGAAAGGAAAGUUCUAGGGAGAAGGUCGUAGAUGAGCCAACAACUGACAAGGUGUUUGAGCCAGCUGAAGGAGCUCGAAGCAACUGUGCAAGUAGCAUUGCUCAUGAGCCUAAUGGAGGAGACGUGGUUGAGCUGGGCACAAGAACUAGUGCUUUUGUCAGUGAGAACCUUGCACGAUGUUUUGAGACUACAAAGGAGAAAUUGUCCAGUGGUGAAGAUAUUGAGCAUGGUCACCAACUCAGCCAGCGCAAUCACUCUAUGCCGACUAGUGUGGCUGGACAUUGGAGUGAUGUGCCAUCAAUGAGUGUGUUCCAAGAGGGCACUGAGGAAUAUGAGUGGUGGAUCAGUGUCCUAAAUGUAGAUGCGAACUCCAAUGCUCCAACCCAUGGCAACACUGUUACAACACCAAAGUCUUGUGAUGUUUUUUAUGUCACUCCUCAGGCUCCAAUCUCAACAGAAGCAGAAGUUCUAGUGUAUGAUGUCACACCAACCUCUAUGGCUCCAUUAUCAAGUGAGACUGCCGAUGGACCAUCAAAACCACAAGAAGAGCCAGUUGUUCUAGUUAGCAACAGGGAACCAAGUCCCGACCUCAACGAGGAGAAGUUGAAGAGCAAGGAUGAGAAGAAGCUCAAGGGCAAGAAAAGAGUAGGGAGUCCAAUGUCGGCCGGAUCAAAGUACAAGAAAAUCAAGAUAGAUUCGAAGACGGAAGCAAUGUACCAGUACUAUGUCAUGAAGAGGUACAAGAUGAAGAGAGGGGAAAUUGAGCCUCCUUUCAUUAGGAUUGGUGAUUUCCACAUUACCUACACCAACUUUCAGAAGUCGUUGAAGCCACAUGCUCAGAUAUGCAACGAAGUCAUGUCUUUAUUCGUUGAAACCUUCAACAUUGACCAAUUGUCGUCUUCAAAUAAGCAGAAGAAAUUUGCUUUCUCUAUUUUAAUGAGCGUUACUUCAUCUUUUGUUGCUCCCAUUUAGUGCCACCAUUUUUCUAGAUUUUUUUAGUAUGCCCUAUUGUAAAAGUUCUCCAUCACUUUUUCUUAUGUUUUUCUAUGCCCCUGUGUGUUGCAGCUUCAACUCUCUGUCCACCCAGAAGUUUUUGAUCCAAGUGUUUGUGCAAGAGAGCUAAGGAGGGUGUGCCAAAAUUUCUAGAUUUCAGUUUUUGACCUACUUUUCUUCACCAUCCUCCGUGAUGGCCACUGGAUUGUUUGUGUCGUUAACCUCUUGCACAAGGAGUUCAACAUGUUUGACUCAUUGGAUAAUGGAAAAUUUGAUGUUGCUGCAAGGAAUCUGUUUACCAAUUUCAAGAGGAUUGUAUAGAAGAGCCAGAUUUCAAAGUGGAUUUAUCUUCUUUCAAACCAGUCUGGCCCCUGCUUGACUACCCACAGCAGGCAACUCACUUUGAUUGUGGAUUGUUUUCAACACUAUACUUGGAAAAUUUCGACGGCAAGAGGAUGAAAGAUUUUAAGAAGCAAAGUAUGCUUGAUGUGCGGAAGACCAUUGCUUCGAAGCUGUUUUUCCAUCCGCUGAACAAGGUCUGCCCCACUGAUGUGCACAAGGCGAUCAUAGUGGCUUGAAGAAAGUGAUCAUCAAGCAUUGAAGAAGGCGAUUGCAAAGGUUUUGAAGAUGCAACUUUGCAUUUUUUGUUAAUACAUUAUUGCCAGUAGUGUGAUAUGUUCUUUUUUGUGUCAAAUGAACUCCAUGUAAAGCAAUUGCUUGGCUGGAAUGAUUCUUAGUAGUUUGUAGUAAGGAAACAUAAGUAUAUGUUUCAGUGAUUUUGUUGGAAGCUAUAAUCGUGCAGUGGUUUGUUGGAAGCAAGUUAUAACAGUUUUGCUGCUUCGUACUCAACCUUUUCAAGUUUUAUGGAAUCCUUCUCAGUUUU